UGCUCGUGCCGCCCUCCCCUCACUUACCUCUCGACCUCCUGGUGGGCCCGCGGCAGCAGAAUGACCUUCUGGCAGGAGAACUACGGCUUCGUGAAGGAGGUGUAUGACUUCCGAUGUUCCAAGUACCUGGAAUGGAUGGACAACAUUGAGGCCAUCAUCGGGAAGGUGAUGGCUAACACCCAGUACACCGCCAAGGAGUUCAAGAUUAUCAAGGAUACCUUCACUUCUCUCUGCCGUGACCUGGACAAGGAAGGCACCAAGUCAUGGCUAGACAUGAUGCUGGAGAAGCUAUCGGCCCACAGCAACGAUGGGGACGAGAACCUCUCAGGGCGUGACAAGGCUAUGAAGGCCCAGGAGAAGAAGAAGCUGGAGGCUAUGAUCGAGCGUCAUACUGGGCUCAUGGGACCUACUAUGGAGGCACAGAGUAAAGUCGUUCAUUAUUCUGAGUGUUACGCCUUCGGUGACGACAUCCACCCCGUGAUGAAGGUGCUGAACGAACAGAGACACUUGUCCUGUAAGGAGAUCCAUCCCCACAACAUGGACAUGUGUGAGGAGCAGAUCGACAAGCAGGAAAAGGUGCUAAGGACCAUCGAGAAUCAAUCACCCAUUUACAACGAACUGAUGAAGAGAGGCCAGAAGUUGAAGGCUAACCCCAACGCCCCGUCCUUCUUGGAGAGGGAGAUUAAGAAAUUGGAGGAGACUUGGAAAGACACUAAUGAAAAGGCCCAGAUACGUAUUAGCCUUCUGAAUGACGCAUUCAAGGACUGGGAAGUUUACGAGCAGCAGCGACAGGCCAUUUAUACACCCAUCGAAGCUUUAGAGGAACAAUUCAAGACCUACAAGAGGAUCUACGACCCCAAGAAAGGCACAGACUGGCUGGAGAGGAAGAAGAAGAAGGCGGAAGAUUUCAAGAAGACGGGCGUGGAAAUCUACACCGUGAUCAAGGGGGCCUUCACCACCAUCGUCACCCUGGCAGGAGACGACAAGCGCGAGUUUAUGGAGAAGGAGAUUAAUGAGAUCGAUGAGAGGAGGAUCGUCAUCGAUAAGGUGGACAAGAUGCUCACCGAACUGACCGAGUUUAACCAGAAGCUUCACAAGUUCGUGGACGCGCUAGCAGGACUCCGCGCCUGGAUGAUGCCCGCCUGUGAGAAGCUCAACUUCAUCACCACCUCCACUGAUCUGUCCCCCGAAGACCGUGUCAAAGAGAUCUUCGACCUCCAGGGACAGGUGACUGAGCGACAGCCGCUACUGGAGCCACUAGAAGCAGAAGCUCACGCCCUCCUCGACCUUCCGGUCGUCGAAGGUGAAGAGAACGAGGAAGGGCAGACCAACGAGACAGCUUUGGGUCACAUGAGGGAGUACAACACCAUCAAGGACACCAUCCAAGAGCUGCAUGAUAAGGUGGAGAUCGAAGCUGGCUCCAUCACCCAGGAUCAGAAGUACUUCGCCGAGUACCUCUACGGCGUCAAGAACUUCAAGCCCUGGAUGGAAGAGUCUGAGACCGUGGCCAAGACCGUGCUAGUGAAGCCGGCCAAGCUGGAGGACGCCAUGAAACUCCUGGAAGAAGUGAAGCAAUUCGACACCGCCUGCCAGGAAAAUAAGGGCAAGUUGGACGCCGCCUCAGAGUCAAGGUCCAAGAUGGAGAAACAAUCCAAAGCUGACAAUGAGGUAGAGACUCUUAAUGGACGCUGGAAUUUGGUGAAGAAAAUUGCUGACGAACGAGUGACGAAGGUGCAGGAGCUAUGUGAUACCUGGGCUGAACUCCAGAAGGUGACAGAAGGGCUGACGGAGACGAUCGCUAACAUUCCCGGCUCCAGCACCCCAGACGUCGCUUCCCUCGAGGUCAUCUUCAAGAAGUUUAAGGAGAUUAACGACAAGAAAGUCAGCCUCCUCAGCGUUGUCUAAAUUAAAAGAGAUAAUAUGUUUUCCCCCUAAGAUUCGUCUCCUCUACGUCAGGGGCGAAAGAAGGAAGGGAUUGGGAGGUAGUAACAGAGGAGGAGGGAGGUUGAUGCUGCCUCCUGUUCCUCACCUUCCUCUCACAUAAUGUCUGGAUACCUUCUGACCUCUCUGGAUAAGGUCAUAUCCUAUGUACUUCAUGGGGGACUUGUUCCUGUCUACUGUAGGCGACGUGUGUGGGUGUGGUGUGUGUGUGUGGGUGGGUGUGUGUGUGUGUGUGUGGUGUGUGGGUGUGGGUGUGGGAGUGAGUUAUGUGUGUAGGGGGGUGAACUACGUGUGGAUAUGAGGGAAUGAAGAUCAUUGGUUCUGAAGCAUCCUUGAGGGGUGUACAGUCCCUCACAGCUUACUCACCACCUCUUGUUUACCUGAAUUAAACUUUCCUUCACACACACACACACACACACACACACACACACACACACACACACACACACACA